AUGACCCCUGUGCGGCCGCGGUUCGGGCGCCCCGACCCUCUCGUGGUCUCAGGCGGAGCUGGCCGCCCCGCGCCGGCAUCCACCGCACGCACCACGCGGCUCCGCGGAGACCCGAGGGUGUCCCGGGCACGACGCGGUGCUGCUGACAAUGAGCCGCCCGCCAAGACCAGUCUGUGCAGCCCACGGGCCAGAUCCGGCUGGUUGUUGGUGCCCCCCGCCACCAUGUGUCCUGGAGACCCGCCCCCUCCGCCCGGCGCCUUCCCACGCUUGAGCUUGCUUGAGGCACCCGAAGCUGUCACACCGAGUGCUCGCUGGAUGUUAUUGUUAUUGACUGCAAAUGCCUCUGUAUUUUUGCUCAUUGGAAUGUGGCUUGACAGAUUAAUUAUAUGUUAUCAGGCAGUUGAAGAUCAGUUAAAGAUAUGUGGCCACAAGAGGGAUGCUGAUGUCUUUGAGCUGUUCCUUUCUAAAAAGGAACUGACAGAGGUCAUUGAUCUUUCUAGGUUUAAAAACUUAAAAUACUUAUGGCUUCAUCAUAACAAGCUCCAUGGAAUAACAUUUCUAACCAGAAACUAUUAUCUGGCAGAACUGUAUCUAAACAACAAUGAAAUAUUUGACCUAGAAGGCCUGCGUUGUCUGCCUUCAUUGCAUAUACUCAUGCUACACCACAAUGAGUUAACGAACAUUGACGCAACAGUGAAGGAAUUAAAGGGAAUGCUAAAUCUGAAGACCCUGACUCUGUACCAAAACCCUUUGUGUCAAUAUAACCUGUACCGUUUAUAUGUAAUUUACCACCUUCCAGGAGUGGAGCUGCUUGACCGAAAUCAAGUUACAGAAAAAGAACGAAGAUCAAUGAUUACCAUUUUUAACCAUAAAAAGGCUCAUAUCAUUCAAUCAAUAGCAUUCAGAGGAAAAGUAGAUGCCUCAUGGGAUCCUAGAUCACCAUUUAAGCAGAAACCAGCUCAGAGAGUACCUUCAGAUUUUGCAUUUGCGAAUAAUGUAGACAAAACUGUGUUUGAUGAUCCAGAAGAUGCUGUUUUUGUAAGGUCCUUGAAGAGAUCAGUGAUGACUAUUACCUCUCUGAACUGGGAUACAGUUCCAACACGAGAGGAAAAGUACCUCAAUGAGAAAGGCACCAAACCUGCUCAAAUGCUCAAAGUGACACUGAGAUGACCCUUGGUAUUUCUAGAAAUCCUAGUGAU